AUGGCGGAAGAGAUCCUAGGCGCCGAAUUCCCGGAGCCGCCGGGCUUGGCGCGUUGCGCCGCGCUCAUGCAGCGCUUCGCCGCGCGGCUGGGUUCGCAGGGCCGGCGGGUGGUGCUUGUCACAUCGGGCGGCACCAAGGUGCCGCUGGAAGCGCGCACCGUGCGCUUUCUGGAUAACUUUAGCAGCGGGCGGCGCGGCGCGGUCUCGGCCGAGAGCUUCCUGAACGCCGGCUACGGGGUGCUAUUCCUGCACCGCGCGCGCUCUGCCUUCCCCUUCGCGCACCGCUUCCCUCCGCAGACUUGGCUCGCGGCGCUGCGACCCGUCAAGGGUGAGGCUGAGGUCCCCAGCAGCCGCUUGCUGCUCGAGGCCGAGGCCACUACACUGCCAGGCUUCGCUGCCGCCCUGCGCAGCUACCAGAAGGCCGCAGACGCCGGCAACUUCCUGUCCGUGGAGUUCGCCACCCUAACCGACUACCUGCACCUUCUGCAGGCCGCGGCCCAGGCGCUCAGCCCGCUAGGCUCUUCUGCAAUGUUUUACCUUGCUGCAGCUGUGUCAGAUUUUUAUGUGCCUGCCUCUGAAAUGCCUGAGCAUAAGAUCCACUCCUCUGGAGGCCCUUUGCAGAUAACAAUGAAGCUGGUGCCAAAAAUGCUUUCUCCUCUGGUGAAAGACUGGGCUCCCAAAGCAUUUGUAAUUUCCUUUAAGUUGGAGACAGAUCCUACGGUUGUCAUUGAUCAUGCACGGAAGGCUCUGGAGACAUAUCGUCAUCAGGUUGUGGUGGCCAAUAUCCUUGAAUCUCGGAGGUCCUAUGUGGUUAUUGUAACCAAAGACUCAGAAACACAGUUGUCCCUCUCUGAUGAAGAAAUGGGAAAAGGUAUGGAAAUAGAAGAAAAGAUUGUGAGUAAUCUACAGUCUCGACACAUAGCUUUUAUAAAUGAGGAAAACUGAGGAAAAGAGCUUGUCUACCAAAUCUGAAGUUGUGACCUGAACAGUUGCUUGAAUAAGGGUGGUACAGAGAAACGGAAAUCAUCUUUUGCCUUCUAUAAGGAAAAGAAAAAUCUGUAGCAAGGUAAAAAGAGUGCUGGAGUAGAAAGGGAAUAUUUAAUUUCAAAACAGUUUGGUUUUUGUCAUUUAGUGGUUAUUUGAUGCACAUUAAAGAUGAAAAUGAAGGCAGACCGGUUCUGGUUUAUAAAGCUAAUCUUACUAUUUCAGGCGGGGAAAGGAAUAAAGGGGGGAUGUGGUUGUCAUUUUCUAUUUAAAAUAUUUAUUUUACCACAAGCUAAAUAACAAUGUCAGCAAAUAUAAUCUAAGGAUAGAGGGAAUAAAAGCUUGAAUAAAACCAUAAAUUCCAAACUAUUUACAUUUUGAUUAAAACAUGUCCAUGUGCAUAAACUUUUAACUCUGAUUUUUUUGUUCUGUGUUCUUGUUUAGUCUCUUUAUCUCUGUACUUAAAAUUGUGUUACUUUUAAAAUAUAAUCAGUGAGUAAUAUUUAUUAUAAUAAAGUGAGAUGAGAAUACUACCUUAAUAAAGUGAGAUGAGAUACUACCUUAUACCCAUCAAAAUUGGCAAAAAAUAGUUUAAAGUAAUAAAAAUCUUGGCACAAGUGUGCUGUUAAAUUGUUGGUAGAACUGUUUAUUACAGCUCUUUCCAUAUUUCCUUGUAUUCUUUAUUUGCUAUUAUCUCUAGGAAAAUAAUAAUCUCUUAUUCUGAUAUAGCAUGAUUGAGUCCACCAUUUUCCAUUUGGGAUAUAGAGGAGAUUUUCAGUUAAAGACAACCAUCAUUUUUCCCCCUUUUAUCAAUGUUCCUAGGAUAUAGUUCUUGAAAUGAGAUCACUGGAGCAAAGGACAUGAUCCCUUUUGUG